CCCGCGAUGCCUGCGGAGGUGCCGGCGCCCCGGGGGCUGCGGCGUUUCGCGCUGCUGCUGCUGCUGCUGCUGCCGGGGCUGAGCGCCCGCACCGCGCUGGCUCAACGCUGGCGCAAUGAAAACUAUGAGAGGCCUGUGGACCUGGAAGGCUCCGGGGAUGAUGAUCCCUUUGGGGAUGAUGAGAUGGAUGAUGUCUACUCGGGCUCAGGCUCGGGAUAUUUCGAGCAGGAGUCGGGACUUGAAACAGGAGUGAGCCUCACCACGGACACGUCCAUCACACUCCCCACCACCGCAGCCAUGCUGCCGGUCACGCUGGUGCAGCCCAUGGCCACCCCUUUUGAAACRUUGCCUGUGGAGGACACCACUGCCGAGCAGACCACCAGUGUCUUGUAUAUCCCCAGGAUGACAGAGGCGCCUGUGAUCCCCAGCUGGAAAGCAACCACCAGCAGUACCACUGCCAGAGACUCCUCCAGUACGACCACUACCACCACCACUACCACCACCAGCACCACUGCUGCCAGCACCACCACUACCAGCACCACCAUGGCCACGGCCAAACCCACCACCGUCCGCAGAUUCCUGCCCCCCUUUGUCACCAAGGCAGCCACCACCCGGCCUACCACCCUAGAGACGCCCACCAGCUCCGUCCUUGAGACCAACAUAGCGACAGAGCUGGUCACAUCAUGGCCUUCCCCCUCCAGCACAGCCAAGCCCAGGUCCCUGCCAAAACCAAGUACCUCCAGGACUGCAGACCUCACGGAAAAAAGCACUGUGCUGCCUUCYAGUCCUGCCACGUUGCCGCCCACAGAAGCACCCCAGAUGGAGCCAGGAGACGUGUCAACAGUGCUUGACAAUGAGCUGGAGGUCCGCAUCAGUGGCAGCCCCAGCGGGGACUUUGAGAUCCGGGAAGAGGAAGAAACAACUCGUCCUGAGCUCAAUAAUGAGGUGAUGGCUGCAGUGACUCCUCCACUGGGGCCCGGGCUGGGUAGGAACGCCGAGCCCGGGCUCAUAGACAAUACGAUAGACUCUGGCAACACYGCCGCUCAACUCCCGCAGAAAAACAUCCUGGAGAGGAAAGAAGUGUUGAUAGCGGUGAUUGUGGGUGGCGUGGUGGGAGCCCUCUUUGCUGCCUUCCUAGUAAUGCUGCUUAUCUACCGAAUGAAGAAGAAGGAUGAGGGGAGCUACACGCUGGAGGAACCGAAGCAGGCCAAUGUGACCUACCAGAAGCCUGACAAGCAGGAGGAGUUCUAUGCGUAGAGAAGAGAGCCCGCCGUGCCUCGCGCGCCCUCCCUUCCUGCCUCAAACUCUCYCCCUCUCUACUACAACCAACUUCCCUCUCUUUUUCUCUUUCCUGGAUCAGACUGUGAAUUUGAAAAAGGA